AUAUCAUUUGCUGAAAUUAAAUAUGGUCCUUGCACUAGGACCGCAUAAAUAUUGAAGGCAUGGCUUCCGGUAGAGCAUUUGUUGCUUGCAGAAGAGUUUCAUCAUUAUUUCGGAAAACCAGCCUGUGUACCUCCUUCAGUGUCAAAUGCAGUCCAUCACUUUUGCAAAUUCUGUCUGUAAGUCCUUCCUAUCACUUUCGAUGGCACAGUGGAAUAAGCACAACAGGUCAACAGCAGACAGAAGAAGAGGACGACCUUUACAGUAAAAUCUUGGUGGAGGUCAAAGGUCAUGAACGCAAGGUUCUGGACAGUUAUUACUGGUACCUGAAACAAACAGCAUUUCAUUUAGACCUAGGCCCCCAUGACACAUAUGUUCAGAGAAAACCCACCUUUGAUAAAUUGACCUUGAACAAGUCAGUGCAUAUCUUCAAGAAGCACCGAGUGCAGUACGAAGCUAGGACACACGUUAGAACAUUUAUUUAUUAUAACCUCACUGGGUCAACGGCCAGAACAUUUUUAGAAUACAUACAGAGAAACCUGCCAGAGGGGGUGGCCAUGAAAGUUACCAAGUUCAAAAUGGAGAGACUACCAGAUCACUUACAGAAAGACACUAUUGUCAAACUCAAGGAGAUGAAUGAAGCUACGUAUCUUCCUCCUGAAAAAGCGCAAAAGAAAAAAGCUUUGACUUCACCUGAGCUAAAUCCUAAAGUUUACAGUGGAGGAAUUCCAAAUCGUCUUUUAAGUACAAUAUUAACGAAGAAACAGGACUUACCAAACAUUGCACGAGAACAUGCCAAAGUAACUGUUGCAGGGAAAGAGCAUUUAGAAGUUGAACCAGCUAGAGAGAAACAUACAGAAAUACAAGCAUCUGAACCAGAACACAAAGAAAUCAUUAAAUCUGCACUUGAACAUAAAGAGGUGAUAUCUUCUGAACCUGAACAUACAGAGGUGAUUCCAUCUGAACCUGAACACACUGAGGUGAUUUCAUCUGAACCUGAACAUACAGAGGUGAUUUCAUCUGAACCUGAACAUUUGGAAGUAAUAUCUUCUAAACAAAAGUCGACAGGAGUGUCUGACAGCUCAGUCAAAGAGGCUGCUGACGAGAAAGAACCUUCGUCUUCUGACAGUGACAGUUCUGACAGCUCAGAUGACAGUGACGAUGAAAGUGAGGAUAAAAAGGAUGAUAAAAGUGAUGAAGGUCUCAGUGAUAACAAAGGGAGUGUUUCUGAGGAGAGUAAAGAUGAAAAAGACCCAAACAAAAAAUAAUGUGAACAACUAAUAAAAUAUGCUGGAUUGGUGUGAAUGGUUUUUGUAUUGAGUAUGAAUGAAUGCAUUGAAAUUGAUUUAUAGGUUUAAUAAUAAAGAUGUUAUGAU